AUGCAUCAUCUAACCAAGCUAGUCCUCAUUGUUAGUGGAAUCGUGUUAUGCAUGGUAGACCCUUCAUAUUCCAAUGCCUGCAACUGUCAUUGUGCCCAUACCUACUACUGCGCCUCUACAGAUGACUGUUCCAAAGCUCCUUAUGGAUCAAAAGCUAAUCCAGGUUUUUCAUGUAAAGAUAUCAACACCAAUGAUGGAAAACAAAAUGGCAUUUAUUGGAUCAGGCUAACGGGUAUGAUCAAGAGACUAUAAAGGGGACAGAGAGGGCAUCCCCCAUAUACACCCUAUUCCAUAGGUAAUUCGUCUCGAGUUAUUUUUAACACCACAGAUCUCAAGGGGGAUUAGACAACAGCCAAUCACAUAGCGCAAAUGUGUUCCGCGUGGAUGACCCACGCUGAGAGACACGCGUCCUUCACGAAAUGACUGAAAUGAAUAUUCUCUCAGGAUCAUUUAUAAUUUACAGUUUAAAGAGAGCAAUUUCUGGUUUGAUGUUUAUUUUUUUCAGUCUUUAUAGCGAUUAUUCCUACCCACUUACUUUGUCAAUUGUAGGCGAACCCUCCUAAAGCUGAAUUUCAAGGGACCAUAUUCAAGCUCAGAAAGAGAAAUAAAAUUUCGUCGUUGCUUAUUUACGUCCUCCAUAAAACGCGAAAUUAGGCAUUUUCACGUCGUAAAAACAAAAACGGGAAAGAAAUGAACAAAAAAGUGUGUUGCACUUGCGAAGUUGUUGUUUUGCUAAUUAAACCUAUUGUGUUUUUUGACGUUCUAGUUGUCGUCCGCGUCGUUGGAUCUUAAACUCCCUAAAUUGUACAAACGACCGGUUUCAAUAGACCGGCGAAAUUUCUCAUUUUAUUAAAGCACUGAAGUUACGACAACUUCGAGUUAAACUGAUUUCACGGGUUGUCAAAGAGUCCAGCGAUUCCUUUUUCCCAGGUGACCCCCGACUCAUUUCGCUUCAAUAUUCAGGAAUGCUCUCGAUCUUUUUACGCUUUCAUUGCCUCUCGCCCGACAUGUUUUGCACGGCGUUUGGUCAUGCGAAACCUCAACGAAACACCCACGCCUCGUGCGAGGUAACUUUAUCCCGAUUCUAAAAAUAACUCGAGACGAAUUACCUAUGGAAUAGGGUGUAUAUGGGGGAUGCCCUCUCUGUCCCCUUUAUAGUCUCUUGGUAUGAUACAAUAAGUAAAUAUUUACUAUUCACUCUGACCAUUUUCUGUACGCGUAUGCUAUAAAAGUAACAGUUAAUGUAAUUGAUAUUAUGAGUAUAGUUUCAUGAUUUUCUUCAUUCAAAGAAUUGAUAAAAAUUGGCGGUUGACAACUCCCUCUAAAUAUUUACCCAGUAAAAUAAUUGUUAACUGAUAAUCAAAUGCAAAAUGCUUUAAUCCUUAUCAAAUUCUCUCAAAUAAUAGCGGAGCUCUCGCGCCGAAGCGCACCAGCGGAGCACCAUGGGUAAGAAAAUGAAGUAAAUCUACCCAUCGGAGAAAAUUGGCCGAGCAACCGUCCGUCCGCACCACAGACAUACCAAUGUAAAAUAACUCAAUCAACUGGUAUGGCAACCCAAAUGCAAUUCGAGGUUAUUUUGGUGGGAAAUCGCAUAGCCACCGCCGUCUUGUAAAGCAGAGACAACUAAAGAGCCUGAAUAAAGACGAAAACGGAAAGCGGAAAUUGUUUCUGUAUCCGUUUUGUCUAAAGUAUUUAGCUUAGAUUAAUUGUCAUGUCCACAAAUUUGGAAUAUAGAGCAGGGGAAAGACAGAAAGCUCAACGAGAAAAAGGGCGACAGAGAUCUAGAGCGAGAGAUAAAAAAACAAGGAGUCAUUUUUCUGCUGGAAGAAUGACAUGAAAAUUUUGUAGCGGCGGUGACAAAAUAAGAAAUUUUAGCGGCCACCAAUGCAAGGUGAUAAUGAGCGGCAGUGAAAAAAAAGUGAACGAGAACACGUAUUCACGUUGUAGAAAUUUAGAAAAAAAGUGUGCUGCACAAGCAAAGUUGCUUUUUUGCCAAUUAUACCUAUUGUUGUUUUUCACCGUUCUCCGGCGUUGCCUUCGCCGCUUAGCAUUACACGAUUUUAUAUUUUGUUUGAACAAACUAUAAAUAUUAUCGAGAGCUUCGCUUUUAGCCCUGGCUGAAUCUAUAUAUUACUUUUAGGAAGUGAAUGGAGAUUUAUGUGAGGAAGGUUUCUAUAACAUUGCUUUGCACAGUACAUGAAAGAGUUGCCAGUCUAUUGCCGGCCUACCCCAGGUAGUAUUUUCCAGGCCCCGUUGUUGAAACGUUGGAUAGCGCCAUCCAUCAUGUCAACCGGCUAAAUCCCUAUCCAGAGGAUAGGUAUUAAGGAAACUAAUUGUGUUACCACUGGAUAGAGAUUAAUCCAACGGAUAGCUUUAUUCACCUUUAGAACAACCCCAGGGCGGGCCCAGCCCAGGGUUAAAUUUGAGACAUACUGGAAAACAUUUCUUGUCUUAAAAGACACGGGCGUGAACGCAGACUGCUACAGCUGUAACUAUUUGAAGUUCGAGGUGUUUAAAACUGCUCAUCCACCGCACCAGAACUAACCAUUGCAUAAAACAUCUCUUAAACUUACAGAUGAUGAGAAGCCUUUCCCAGUAUACUGUGAUAUGGCCGCUGGAGGUGAGUAAUUCAGUUUCAUCUUAAUUUAUUCAUUCAGUGAGAAAAUUGCAUUUUCGCGCCCAUGAAAUACCUAAAAGAACGCCGUCCAUAACACAUAAAUCACAAUGUUAGUCUUAAUGAAAAUAUAAUUGGAAUUUGCAAAUAUCUAUAGACUGGGACGUGAAAACUGAAGUAUCCAAAAUAGAUAUCACUCUGCUUCGGGGGACUCGGAAAUGGGUGUUUUGCCAACAUACAUCGGAAAUGGGUGUUUUGCCAACAUACAUAUAUAGUUGCGUAAAGAUGGUAAAUUCAAAGUAAAAGUCUCGAUCUGGUGGUGUGCCAGAAUAUUUUAAAUCCGGAAGAGUCUAAAGUGAAUACUCUAUUUCCGAAUGAAAGCUAUUGACUGUUAAAAAUUCAUAUAUACUUGGCUGCGAGGGCUUAAGGCUCAGCAAUGAAUAGUACAUUUCGUUUGUAUUAUUCUCCCAAGCCUCGGAGCCAAGUAUGAAUUUUAAUACAUCAUGAUCAAAAUUGGUCUGUUCCUUUGUUCUUAUAGAGACUUUUGUUUCUCCUGCUAUUUAUAGGCUGGACUAUGGCGUUUAAGGCUGUGUCUGGAGUGAAUAAAAACGUGUAUAGUACAUACACAUCUGAUCAGACAUCCUCUGAAAAAGUCUUUGCAGCUCUUGAAGUCUCUAACAGGCACUUUAACCACUACAAAAACAGGAUCGUUUUAAAGUGGCAAGACAUUGGACCAACGGAGGUAUUAUAUAUUUUAUUUUAUUUCUGCUGUCACAUUGCAUUCAUAAAUCUGCCAGUAAAAUGCUCUAUCUGCUCUAACUGCAUGACAGACCGGGUCUAAGAAGCUCAUGCAGGUUGCUCGUGGGCCACGAGAGAAUGCGUGGAAGCGUACGUGAAAGCGAGCGACCUGGAGCGUCUGAAAAUCAGGCGAGGCAGACGUUUGAUGGGGAAGAAAAAGGCGGCUAUUCGCGCGAGUAUCUUCUUCCUCGUGCGUCGUUCGCGAUGUCGCGCGCCCUUAUCCCCCCUUGCCCUUUGCAGGGUACUGAUGCCAUGUCUUCUACUUUUGUCAUGCCGGAGAUUGCAUGUAAUGAUCCCUUAUUAAAUGAAAAUACUUACUGCAAAGAAAAUAUAUAUAAUAGUCAACACCUUAUAAAUAAUAUAAUUUCGUUUGCUUUUGGUUUGUUUGUUUUUGUUCCUACUUACGUGUCUGACAAGAGCAAAGCAAUUAAUUUAAGAGUUUGCUUCACUUUCAAAGUUAGUAGAAUGAAGGCCUCGUCCAUACGAAUCCGGACAUUUUUGAAACCACAUAGUUGCUUAUAACCAGAUUGGUGUGGACGGGGCCUCAAACCGCUCUGGAGAGCGGUUUCAAAAAUAUGCGGUCUUGGUGAGCAUAUUCAGUGGUUUCGUGUGGACAAGAGCCCAUGCCGGUGUGAAAGAAAGGCCGACUCGAGUAAAAAUAUAAGCGGUUUAAAAAAUAUCCGGAUUCGCGUGGACGUGGCCUAAGAAUUCAAUUAAAUGCUAUUUCUGCUUGAUUUCCUAAAGGCGAGAGUUGUCCUGUAUGAAGGAGGAAAGGUGAUGAAGGAGUUGAAAUUCGAUGCCAAGGGAUCAGACAAACUCAACUGGUUUUCACUCUCCAGACUGAGUCAGAGCUCCUGGACUGACAUGAAGACUCAGCCAAACAACUUCUUUUCAAUCCGUGGAGAUCCAGGCAACGGCCGUCACCUCUUCAUUAACAGUGUCUAUGCUGGAUGUCCUAAAGAUGUUGGGUGGAUGGUGAUAACUGUGCCCCCAGACUGCGAUUGGGAGAAGCGCUUCCGGCCUCGUGAGAAUGUGAUACUUUACAGCAAGCUGUCUGGUCUUACCAACUGGAACCAAUACGGUGAGUUAAUCAUAAAAAAAAUCCAGGGUCCUGGUAACCCAAUAAUGGGCACACUUACCUGGCCUUCCAUCCCCCAUGCCAAGCAAGCUCAUUAGAAAUAACCACAGUGCCUGGGAAGGGAGGCAAUGGUUCGAUUAUGUUCGAUUACCGAACUCUAUCGAAGUGAAUUGAACGAGUGGAGUUUGAUUAUAAGUUCGAUUACCGAAAGUUUGAUUGCCUGUAAAUUAAGCCAAAUGUUCCACUAUUAAUUAUGUUCCUCUGUCUAUACAUUUGGAAUAGUAGGUUAUCGAGACGUUUAUAGUUGAUCAAGUACCCUGCAGUCGAGCGAAUGCUUUGUAUUUUGUUGUGAAGCCUAUUGAUUCUGCACCAGUGGAAAAAUUGACAAGCCGAGCAGCGAGUCUGCAUUAGGUUCAUCAGGGUGAAAAUAUGAAGUCGUUUGGGUCAUUUUCCUCCCCUCCUCCAUUUCAGCUUUUAUAAAUACCUUUUAACUUAGUUUUCCCCCAACAAAAAAUAAUACGUGAUUGUACUCUUUUUUAUUAAGAAAUGUACGUUGUAGCUCCUUCUUUCUUUUCUCGCUCUGUGGUUAUUCCUGUGUCAGUGUUAAGAUCCAGAAUACGUUUUUCCUAAUUUCAGGCAAUGUUGGAGAGGCAGAUGUCUUGGCAGUCUACUUGCGAUGAGGCAACAAUGAAGUGCACCUUCCAAGUGAAAUCUCGAGGCUGUAGAAUUUUAAAGGUGGAGCUGUAGUUGUAGGCUUAACUUUCUAAAGUGCUUGUAUUCCUUG